AUGUAUGAAACCAUACAAUUCCCACAAGUCUGGAAGCCAUCUCUUUACAUGUACCUUUCCUUGGCUCUUAGUUUUUGUACACACGAAGGCCAGUUUUAUUGGUACACUGACCCUAAAGCUGGCCCUGGAUUCACUCAGGAAUUGGCUGGAAUGGUACAUGCAAUUGGAGCAUUGGCUUCCAUUGUUGGAGUUUUGAUCUAUCACAAGCUCCUCAAAGACUACUCAUUUCGAAACCUAAUAUUUUUUGCUCAAUUGGUAUACGGCCUCUCAGGGAUGCUUGACCUCAUGUUCAUCUUACGAUGGAACCUUGCUAUUGGGCUUCCCAACUACCUAUUUGUGGUCUUGGAAGAAUGUGUUUCCCGAAUAGUAAGCAGAGUCAGAUGGAUGCCAAUGAUUGUAUAG